AUGCCUCUCACUGGGGUGAAGAAUGUCGUGCUGAUCCUUUCCGGCAAAGGAGGUGUGGGCAAAUCCUCCGUCACGCUUCAACUCGCCCUCGCGCUCUCGCUACAAGGCAAAUCUGUCGGCAUCCUUGACAUCGACCUGACAGGACCCUCAAUGCCACGCCUAGUCGGACUCGAAGAUGCAAAGAUCACACAAGCGCCAGGCGGAUGGAUACCAGUACCAGUUCACGGAGCUGAAUCUGCAGCUGAGCCCGACGCCUCAGCACCCUCAACACAACCCCCACGUGGUUCCCUCCGCUGCAUGUCCCUAGGCUUCCUCCUCCGCGAUCGCGGCGACGCCGUAAUCUGGCGCGGACCAAAGAAAACAGCUAUGAUUCGCCAAUUCCUCUCCGAUGUCUUUUGGGGCCCGACUGAUUACCUACUCAUCGAUACGCCUCCCGGGACGAGUGACGAGCACAUUGCGCUAGCAGAGCAGCUGCUCACACUCUCCACCACAGACGCGGCGGCGGCUACGCAAACAGGCUUGCCUAGACUUGCUGGUGCGGUCCUUGUUACGACGCCACAGGCUGUGGCGACCUCGGACGUGCGCAAAGAAGCGAACUUCUGCGUUAAGACUAAUAUCCCUGUGCUUGGGGUUAUAGAGAAUAUGUCUGGAUAUGCUUGCCCCUGCUGUGGGGAGGUUAGUAAUCUGUUCUCGAGUGGGGGAGGACAGGUGAUGGCCCAGGAACUAAGCCUUCCAUUUAUGGGCAGCGUGCCUAUUGAUGUGAAAUUCGGAGAAUUGGUUGAAGGAAAGAUGGAGGCCGGGGAUAGUGAUGAAGAGGAGGAGGAGGAGAGUUCAAAGACUCAACCACAAGAUAGUCCCGCCGAGCCUGAUGAUCGACCGCUCGUUGAACGUUACCGGGAUACCUGGUCUUAUCCUCGAUUUGAGGGAUUUGCGCAGACUCUUAUAAGGGAUAUUGAGGGCCCGACUGCCGUGUAG